UGAGUGACAUUCUUGGAUCAAAAAUUGUAAAAAGUCAAAGAGAUUCUGCAAUAAAACUUGUAUCUCUAACUCUGGUGUUAUUGGGUGUGGAGUGGGCUUUGUCUGAUGAAGAGAAACCUAAAGUUUUCUUCUUGUUACUAACCUAGUUAGCUGCUAUGGAAGCGAGAAUACAGCUCGACGAAAAGCAAAUAAAGACUGUAAUGGCUAAUGCUGAUCUCAUUGUAGCUUGCUUCAUGAUUUUGGAGAUUUCUUUGUUUUACAUUAUAACUGACCAGCUAGAUUUGGAGCAAAGAGAGAAACAGUCUCUCUAUACAGCAUUGAAAGGUGUAUUCGCUGCUGUGAUUGGUCUACUUAUAUCUGUAUCCUAAAUGAAGGAACUCACAGAUGUUAAGGAACGUAUAUUUGUCUGUGCCAUCGUAAGAGUUUUAGCAGCUUGGCUAGCUCAAGAAACAUCAGCGAUGCGUACCCAAGUUCAUGCUCUACUUCCAUAUAUCUUAACUGUUGCAAAUGACACAUUCUAUGCACAUCGUAAUACGAAAUUAGCGGAGAAAGCUAACCUUGGAGCCAAAGCUGACGAAGGAUCUUCUUCUGGAGAACAUGACUCUCUCAGUGAUAUCGAUAUUUUAAGACUGUUGUUGCCAGCCCUUUGCCAUCUUGCAGUUGAGGAAGAUGCAAGAAAAAUAUUACUCAAGCAAAAGUAAGAUGAAGUUCUGUUUGAGUGUUUGU